GAGGCUCCGACGAGCUUCUUUCGCAGAGUGGCGUCACCGUCAUGGCGCCCGCCGCUCCACACCAUGCCGACAAUAAUAACCAGGACUCGGCCGCCAAGAAGGUGAAACUGGAACAAAAUGUCGGCAAGCCUUCGAGAGUUAUCCACAUACGGAACAUACCAAACGAGACGACGGAAGCUGAGAUCAUACAGCUAGGUCUGCCCUUCGGGCGGGUCACCAACGUUCUCGUUCUCAAAGGCAAAAAUCAGGCUUUCCUAGAGAUGGCGGAGGAGAUCUCAGCAGUGGCGAUGGUCGCUUACUUCGGCGGCUGCGUCGCGCAGCUGCGCGGGCGCGCCGUCUACGUUCAAUUUUCCAAUCACAAAGAACUGAAAACUGAUCAGACACACAGCAAUGCGUCGGCUUCGGCGCAAGCCGCUCUACAGGCCGCACAAGCAAUAUCAAACAGCGCGGGUGCGGCGCUCGUGGCGGGCGCGGGCGCGGCGUUACAACCGGCGAACGGUGGCACUGAAAUACAGGGAGGUCCGAACACGGUGCUACGCGUCAUCAUAGAGCACAUGUUGUACCCGAUAGUUCUCGACGUGCUGUACUCCAUCUUCCAGCGGUACGGAAAAGUGCUCAAAAUCGUCACCUUCACUAAAAACAAUUCAUUUCAAGCUCUAAUCCAGUACCCAGACACCGGGUCAGCGCAAAUGGCGAAAACGGCCCUGGAUGGCCAAAACAUCUACAACGGCUGCUGCACCCUCCGCAUCGACUACUCGAAGAUGACAUGCCUCAACGUCAAAUACAACAACGAUAAGUCAAGGGACUACACUAAUCCCACGCUCCCGUCGGGUGAUGGCGACGCGCACCAGCUGUUGACCAGUGAGUUGAUGCCUCAGCGGGCUCGCCUCGCCUUGGCCCUCGCGUCCAGGAUGAGUGGUGGAGUGUUAGCGCCGCCAUUCCUGGGCCUAGGGUCGGGACUGGCAUCGCCGUACGGUGUGGGCGUGGGAGGAGUAGGGCUGCCAGCUUUCGGCGCGCUCACGCUGACGCCCGCGUCGCCAGCCCUGCGCGCCCUCGCCGCGCCGCCGCUGCCUCUCGCGACCGUGCUGCUCGUGUCAAACCUAAACGAAGAGAUGGUCACGCCUGACGCUCUCUUUACCCUUUUCGGCGUGUAUGGUGACGUGCAGCGAGUGAAGAUCCUCUACAACAAAAAGGAUUCAGCUCUAAUUCAAAUGGCGGAGCCUCACCAGGCGCAUCUAGCUAUGACACACAUGGACAAAUUGCGUGUCUUCGGGAAAGCGAUGCGUGUGAUGCUCAGCAAACAUCAAACGGUGCAGCUUCCCAAGGAGGGACAACCGGAUGCUGGCCUUACUAGGGACUACUCGCAGAGCCCGCUACAUAGAUUCAAGAAGCCCGGCAGCAAAAACUAUCAGAACAUAUACCCACCGAGCGCUACGUUACAUCUCUCCAACAUUCCAGCCACGGUGUCCGAGGACGACAUCAAGGAUGCGUUCACUAAAAGGGGAUUCGCGAUCAAGGCCUUUAAAUUCUUCCCGAAGGACCGCAAGAUGGCGCUGGUGCAGCUGCCGUCCAUCGACGACGCGGUGACGGCGCUCAUCAAAAUGCACAACUACCAGCUGUCCGAGUCCAACCACCUGCGGGUCUCGUUCUCCAAGUCCAGCAUCUAA